AUGUCUUCCCACACAACCUCAACGACACUACCACCCAAGGACCUCGUCUCAAGCCUGCUAUCUACCAUCGAGUAUAGCAUCAUACCCCUGACGCAAAAAGGCGUGUCAAGCGGUUCAAAACUCUUCGGUGCAGCUAUCCUAUCCCGCAAAGACCUUACACCAUACACUCUCGCUACAAAUAACGAGCGCAUUUCACCCCUCUUGCACGGCGAGAUCAACUGCAUCCAACAGUUCUGCACCGUCGACUUCCCCGAUCCUUCAACGCGACCUCAUCCCGCCAAAGACUGCAUCUUCCUUGCUACUCAUGAACCAUGUUCCUUGUGUCUCAGCGGCAUCACAUGGGCGGGCUUCAACGAGUUCUAUUAUCUGUUCACAUACGAAGAUAGCCGGGAUCUCUUUGGAAUCCCAUACGAUAUCGACAUCCUGCAAGAGGUGUUUCGGGUACAAGGAAAGGGCGAGACUGAAGAGCAGGUACAAAGCAGGCAGCUUUAUAACCGCAAGAACAAGUUCUUUACUGCAAAGAGCUUUGCCGAUGUCGUCGAGGAGAUUGAGGAUGAGAGCGAGAGGAAGCGGCUACUGGGUGAGAUCGACAGGGUCAAGAGUCUAUACAAUAGUCUGAGUGAGACUUAUCAAAAGGGGAAAGAGGCGGGUGCAGAAAGUUCGAGUGUGUGGAAGUAG